UCGGAUGUGAUCGUUUUGAUGAUAUGGGCUCUGCGCUGACGUUUAAAUUAAUUGGAUAACCCAAAGUGAAAGCCUUACAAACACCUCAUUGUCACUUUAUACGUAUUUAAAUCGCCGUUCAGCAGCCUUGCUAUGCCGAGCAAUAAGCUUGACAAACCAGAGAUCAGUGAUAAUGUUAAGGUGGUGGUUAGAUGUCGGCCCCUUAACCAGAAAGAGAAGAUGAUGGGCCACAAACAGUCCGUCAUGGUGGACGAGAUCCGUGGGACCAUAACGGUCAACAAACUGGAGACUACCCAUGAGCCUCCCAAGACCUUUACCUUUGACACUGUGUUUGGACCAGACAGCAAACAGCUGGAUGUCUACAAUCUCACAGCCCGCCCCAUCAUUGACUCAGUAUUAGAGGGAUACAAUGGUACUAUUUUUGCAUAUGGACAAACUGGCACAGGGAAAACAUUCACCAUGGAGGGUGUCAGAGCAGUCCCAGAACUCAGAGGGAUAAUCCCAAACUCCUUUGCUCAUGUUUUUGGUCACAUUGCCAAGGCAGAGGGUGACACUAGGUUUUUGGUCCGUGUUUCGUACCUGGAGAUUUACAAUGAGGAAGUGCGAGACUUGUUGGGCAAGGACCAGAUGCAGAGGCUGGAGGUUAAAGAAAGACCGGAUGUUGGCGUGUAUAUCAAAGACCUGUCUGGUUACGUUGUGAACAAUGCUGAUGACAUGGACAGGAUUAUGACACUAGGCCACAAAAACCGGUCUGUUGGUGCCACAAACAUGAAUGAACACAGUUCCCGUUCUCACGCCAUCUUCACCAUCACCAUCGAGUGCAGUGAGAAGGGUGUGGAUGGAAACCAACAUGUCCGCAUGGGAAAACUUCAUCUGGUUGAUCUUGCAGGUUCAGAGAGACAGGGCAAGACGGGAGCCACAGGUCAGCGCUUAAAGGAAGCGACAAAGAUCAAUCUGUCUCUCUCUACACUGGGUAAUGUAAUUUCCGCCUUGGUGGAUGGCAAGAGCACGCACGUGCCCUACAGGAACUCCAAACUAACUCGUCUGCUGCAGGAUUCGCUCGGAGGAAACUCCAAGACCAUGAUGUGUGCAAAUAUAGGCCCUGCAGACUAUAAUUAUGAUGAGACCAUCAGUACCCUGCGCUAUGCUAACAGGGCUAAAAACAUCAAGAACAAAGCCAGAAUCAAUGAGGACCCCAAGGAUGCCUUACUGCGUCAGUUUCAGAAGGAGAUUGAAGAACUGAAGAAGAAACUGGAGGAAGGCGAGGAAAUCUCUGGCUCAGAUGGUAGUGGAUCAGAAGAGAUGGAUGAAGGUGACGAUGAAGCAGUUGAUGCUGGAGAUGGCCACAGGAGAAGAAGGGGGAGAAAGAAGGUCUCCCCGGACAAGAUGGUGGAGAUGCAGGCAAAGAUAGAAGAGGAAAGAAAGGCCCUGGAAGCAAAGCUGGACAUGGAGGAGGAGGAGAGGAACAAGGCAAGAGCAGAGCUGGAGAAAAGGGAGAAGGACCUGCUCAAAGCUCAGCAGGAGCAUCACCUUCUGCUAGAGAAAUUGUCUGCCUUAGAGAAGAAGGUGAUUGUAGGUGGCGUGGACCUCUUGGCCAAGGCCGAGGAGCAGGAGAAGCUCUUGCAGGAAUCCAAUAAUGAACUGGAGGAGCGCCGCAGGAGGGCGGAGCGGCUGAGGAGAGAGCUGGAGGAGAAGGAGCAAGAGCGUUUGGACAUUGAGGAGAAAUACACUAGCCUUCAGGAGGAGGCUCAAGGAAAGACCAAGAAGCUGAAGAAAGUAUGGACCAUGCUGAUGGCUGCCAAAUCAGAGAUGGCAGAUCUGCAGCAAGAGCAUCACAGAGAGAUCGAGGGCCUCCUGGAGAACAUCCGUCAGCUGAGCCGGGAACUCCGGCUCCAGAUGCUCAUCAUAGACAACUUUAUUCCACAGGAAUACCAGGAGAUGAUAGAGAAUUACGUGCACUGGAAUGAAGACAUUGGGGAAUGGCAGCUGAAAUGCGUGGCGUACACUGGAAACAAUAUGAGAAAACAGACCCCUGCCCCAGACAAAAAAGAAAAAGAUCCAUUUGAGGUGGACCUGUCGCAUGUGUAUCUGGCCUACACAGAGGAGAGUAUGCGGCAGUCACUGAUGAAACUGGAGAGGCCCAGGACUUCUAAAAGUAGCAAGAGUGGCCGACCCAAGACUGGACGAAGGAAAAGAUCUGCGAAGCCCGAAGCUGUGAUCGAAUCCCUUCUGCAGUGAAGAGACCUUAGAGGCAAGCUUCAUUUCACUACAACAUUGACGUUAACUUAGGAAAAGAAGUCAGUAGUUCAGUCUGAAGAAUUUAUUGUUGAACAUUAUUUAAAAUAUUAUCUGAAUACACUGUAUAGUUGACAAGGUUUUAAAUGUGAAGGAGCUGUUGUUCGCGGAAGAGUAAGACCUCUUGGCCAAGAGGACCUGUUAUUUGUAUAGUGUAAGACUUCUUUGAGGAUCUCCAACAUUGUAAUGUUGCUUUGGAACACAUUUCAGCAGCAGCAGCAGCAGCCUCUGUUUAAUUAUGCACCACAAGCAUUAAGGGGGACAUUUACCAUAAACAUUUAAUUUGCAACAUCAAUAAUUUUGGAAAUGAUCAACAAUGAAAGAUACUACAGAGGGUUGAAAAUAGAAUUGUGAACAUGAACUAAAAACUGGAUCCAUAUCUUCUGAAAGUUGUUGCGUGGUGUUACAUACUACAUGAUUCACGAUGAACACACACAGGUCAAGUCUCAACUGUUGUAAUGAAUACAUUAUACCUGAAUUCUAAUUGGGGUGCACUUUAAAUUUAAUAUGUUACUCUGAGCAAACACCGUAGUAUCAGUUUCUUCCACAUAAAGAACAAGAAAUCAUUGUUGGGGACAGAUGAGAGAGCUUGUAGUAUGUAACUGCGCUUUGUAUUUUUCCCUUUAGAUCAGAAGCAUAGGGGCAUGCAUGUCAGCCAGCUCAUAUGUUAGUGCCAUUUGCUCAUCUAAGCAAGUCAUCUUGUUAGAUGUUGUGUUAUAUUGAGAUACAUACUGUAUGCCUUAGUAUAAUGCACUAGUAUGAGGUUUUUGUUAGCUAAUUUAAUUUUACAAUGUUCUGUAGUGGAUGCAAACUGAUUUUUUUGUAUCAUAAUGUAUGUCAAAUGUUUACACCCACCAUCCCCUGGAUAUUUUAUUUAUUAAAUUAUUUUACACCUU